AUGUUUCCUACUUCAGUCCUCUUUAGUCAAGCCCGUCUGACCCUCUUCACACGAGCCGGGUGUGGACUGUGUGACACCGCAAAACACACCGUGGUGCAGCUCCAAAAACGCCGACCAUUUGAAUAUGUGGAGAAAGAUAUCAUGGACCCUGUGAAUAAAGCCUGGAAAGACGUCUACGAUUAUGAUGUGCCCGUCCUUCAUAUUCAGUCUGUCAACAAUGGUGUUCCGAAGGAGGCCGACCUCUCUGAUGCCCGCAAGUUAUUCCAUCGAAUGACAGAACAGGAGGUGGAACAGAUGGUGGAUGAAGCGGAGAAAUAA